UAGUGUUUAGACGUGUUUUUAUUUAGCUCUCGCUAUGGAUAUUUUAACGUGCUCUAAGUGCUCGAAAUCUUUACGUGUUGGCUAUGAAAUAUCAUGCCAAGUGUGCAAAAGUAAAUUUCAUAAAAUUUGUGCUAAAGUUGAUAGCAAAGAAGUAUCCGACUUACUUGCAAAUAAUAAAAACAUUGUUUUCAACUGCAACAAUUGCUUUAGCUCAACAUCGAAUUUAGUUUCGGCUAUUGCUUGCCUUACCAGUGAGGUCAGUGAUCUUAAACGAUCGAUAGCAAAAUUGAUAAGUGGCGAAUGUAAAAUUGUUAGUGCUGCGCCUGGCUUCGUCUUGUCUGCUGAUGCUGGUGUGCUGUCGCCUGGUGUCACUGCUUUGGAUGAUUCGGCUUUUUCUGCCGACCAUCGCUCAUCUAUGCUUGCUGUUGUUGCUGAUAAGCCGUUGUUGGCUCGUACGAAUUUCGUGACAAAAGCACCGACCGUACCAACUGAUGAUGAUUCUAAUGCUGCUAACACUCAGCUACCUGCUAAAGUCAGUUCUCAGACUGAGAAUACUCUUCCAAAGCAAUGCAGUUCUCAAGCUGUUGUUGGUGAUAAUACGACUGCAUCUACCUCUUCGACUUAUGCUACUUCUGCACUUUCGUCUACGUCAUCUUCGUCCUCAGUUUCUGCUGGCAUACAUACUUCUGCAGCUGAUUGGAAAAUUGUAGAGAACAACAAAAAACGCAGUUCUCAGACUAAGAAUACUCUUCCAAAGCAAUGCAGUUCUCAAGCUGUUGUUGGUGAUAAUGCGACUGCAUCUACCUCUUCGACUUAUGCUACUUCUGCACUUUCGUCUACGUCAUCUUCGUCCUCAGUUUCUGCUGGCAUGCAUACUUCUGCAGCUGAUUGGAAAAUUGUAGAGAACAACAAAAAACGCAAACAUUUGAUUAUUACUGGUAAUAGCUCUAAUUCUGAUUUGGAAGUGGUUGAAGUAAAGAAAUGGUUUCACUUAUCGUCGUUCCUUCCCACUGUAACCGCGGACAAUAUAAUUGACUAUGUUGUUAGGCAUGCUGGUAUAGAUAAGAAAUUUAUUUCAUGUUAUUCAUUAGUUAAAAAACAAACUCCGGCUGUGAAUGUAAAGCGGGUUAAUUUUAAGUUAGGUGUAUCUGUUGCGCUUUACAAUAAGGUGCUAUCACCUGAUAUCUGGCCUGCCAAUGUAAGUCUGCGCCCUUUUCGUUUUUUUCGAAAAGAAGAGAAUCAGCAGCGAGUAAUAUAAAUAAUAAUAAGGCUACUAGUGGAAGUUCGAAUUUGAAGGUGUAUUUUCAGAAUAUAUCUGGCCUUCGAACUAAGUCAGAAGAUGUUCGUAUAUUUAGCUCUCAAUUGGAUUAUGAUAUCUUCGUCAUUGUUGAGACGUGGUUACAUCCGAAUUUUCUUGAUGAUGAAUUUUUUGAUUCGAAACUGUUCAAUGUUUAUCGAAAAGAUAGAGAUCCGGUAAAAACUGGCUGUGUAAGAGGUGGAGGAGUUCUUGUUGCAGUUCAACGGAAGCUGCUUUCUUAUUUUGUUGCUCUUGAUAAUAAUGACUCACUUAUUGAUCAAAUUUGUAUAUGUGUCAGUGGUUCCUCCUCCAAGGACUCUCUUUUCUUUUUGGUCUCUUAUAUUCCCCCAAAUAGUAAUGAUUAUCUUUAUCGUGCGCACGCUGAUAACAUAAGCUCUUUAGUCCUGAAUAAAUUAGGUAAUAAUCAUUUAUGCAUUUUAGGUGACUUCAAUUUAUCCAAUAUUUCAUGGUCCGCUUCAUUUUCUAAUUUUGGCCUCACACCAACUAAUGUUACAGCAUAUCAUGAAUCAUAUUUGCUUGAUAGUUUAUUAAGUUUCAAUUUAGUGCAAAUUAAUAAUUUUGUUAAUAAAUUGGAUCGUAUUCUUGAUCUUAUCUUUAUUAGCGACAAUAUUAACUGUAAAAUCGAGGAAUGUUACUUUCCUAUCUCUCGUUGUGAUAAGCAUCAUGUGCCUUUAGUUCUCAAUUUUCAGUUUUAUAAUUUUUUUACUAUACCUUCUGCAGAAGUACUCAGCUUUAACUAUUCUGCUUGUAAUUUUUCAGAAUUAAAUAGUUUACUAUCUGAUAUUGAUUGGGAAUGUGUUUUGGCUAGCCCCGAUGUGUCUACUUGUUUUACUACUUUUAAAACUAUCGUGCAUCAGUUUUGUAUUUCACCUUC